AUGAAUAGAGAGAUCAAUGUAGAUGAGCACACUGCUUAUCUCCUUGAUAAUAUACAAAUUAAUUCUGUGUUAUGUACCGACGUAUACAUUAAAAAUAUCAAUUUCAAUGGAAAAUUUCCAAAAAAUCUGGAGGACUUACAUAUCAAGAAUUCGGAAUGGAUUGGAUAUGAUAAACUGUUGGAAAUAGACAGUGUCCAAGUAAUUCUUGGAACAAAUCGGAUCUCAAACAAAGAAUGGAAUUUGUUCAUCAAGAAAUGGAUUGCAAUGGAGACUUAUUUACAUCUUGUAUACUUUCAACUCAUUUAUAGAAAUUUCGAAGAAUUCAGAGCACUCGUAUUGCAUGACAUUCCGCAUGAAGUGGUGGAUGAAGGAGUCAAAAGAACCUUCAAGACCCGACGCAAUUGUAUUCAGGAGCUAAACGGAGGCAUCGACAUUCGACGUAUCGACGGAAAGACUGCCACACUAUUUAUGUUUGGCCCUGGAUGGCAUGGAAGUUUCUUGAUGUGUAUUCACUGA